UUAACAUUUUGCUCCUUCUCCUCCAGUUAUACAUAAAAUGCUUGACAUUCUCCAGUUUAUCGAAGAAAAGGGCGGCAACCCAGAGUUGAUCCGCAAAUCCCAGAGAGCCAGAGGCGACUCCGUGGAGUUGGUCGACGAGAUCAUCGCCGACUACAAGGACUGGGUCAAGAUCCGUUUCGACUUGGAUGUCCUCAACAAGGAGCAGAACAAGAUCCAGAAGGAAAUCGGGUUGAAGAUGAAGAACAAAGAAGACGCUACUGAAUUGUUGGCCCAAAAGGAAACUUUUGUCCAGCAGAAAAAGGAAUUGACCUUGAAGGAAGAAGAGGCCGACAAGAAGGUCCGUGCCAAGGUCAACCUCGUCGGUAACAUCGUCCACCCAUCGGUAGUUGUCUCCAACGAUGAAAAGGACAAUGCUUUGGUCAAACUUUGGAAGCCAGACACCUAUGAACACGUUGCGAAGGUUGCUGCUUUCACCGGUAAGAACGCCGCUCUUUCCCACCACGAAGUUUUGUUGAGACUCGACGGGUACGACCCGGAACGUGGUGUUAAGAUUGUCGGCCACAGAGGCUAUUUCUUGAGAAACUACGGUGUAUUCUUGAACCAGGCGUUGAUCAACUACGGGUUGUCCUUCUUAACCAAGGCCGGUUACUGCCCAUUGCAAGCCCCAGUCAUGAUGAACAAGGAGGUCAUGGCCCAAACCGCCCAGUUGUCCCAGUUCGACGAAGAAUUGUACAAGGUCAUCGAUGGUGAUGACGAAAAGUAUUUGAUUGCCACCUCUGAGCAGCCAAUCUCCGCCUACCACUCCGGCGAAUGGUUCGAGUCUCCAGCCGAGCAGUUACCGGUCAGAUACGCUGGUUACUCCUCUUGUUUCCGUAGAGAGGCCGGCUCUCACGGUAAGGAUGCCUGGGGUAUCUUCCGUGUCCACGCGUUCGAGAAGAUCGAGCAGUUCGUUUUGGCUGAACCAGAAAAGUCCUGGGACGAGUUUGACCGCAUGAUCAACCUUUCCGAGGAGUUCUACCAAUCCUUGGGCCUUCCAUACCGUGUAGUUGGGAUUGUCUCCGGUGAGUUGAACAACGCUGCUGCCAAGAAGUACGAUUUGGAAGCCUGGUUCCCAUUCCAGGAGGAGUACAAGGAGUUAGUUUCCUGCUCCAACUGUACCGACUACCAGUCCAGAAACUUGGAGAUCAGAUGCGGGAUCAAGAAGAUGAACGAAAAGAAUAAGGCCUACGUCCACUGCUUGAAUUCUACCUUGUGCGCCACUGAGAGAGCCUUGUGUUGCAUUUUGGAGAACUACCAGACCGAAGAAGGUUUGGUCAUCCCUGAAGUUUUGAGAAAGUACAUCCCAGGUGAGCCAGAAUUCAUUCCGUUCAUCAAGGACUUGCCAAAGAACUCCACCUCCCAGAAGGCCAAGAAAUAAGUUUCCAUAUAUUAAUGCACAAUUAUCAUAAGCUGGUAUCGUGAGUUUGUAGGAGCGUAUAAACGUAUGGUGGCUUGAUAUUUCAAUGAGAUA